UACAUUUUCACUUGAAAACUUCAGGGGAAACCUAUUACUGGUUCAUUCAUGCCGUAUGAGGUAAAGAAAGACCAAAGACUCGCACCUGUGUGCAGGAGAUGUCCACUAGAUAUUGAAACAUGUGAUAAUACGAUUGCACCACAGACAGCCAUCAGUUCGUGGUUCAGUGAUAUCAAGCUGAAGAAAAGAGGUUUCUCUAAGAGGACGUGGCCUAGACAGUUUCAAGAUAUUCAGGUGGUGGAUGAGAGCUGUCCUUAUAUGAAGGUCAAGCUAUUGCAGUUUUAUGCGAACUACAGACCAGCCUACUAUGGCACAUGGCGCAAGAAAAGUAAUACAAUCUGUGGCAGAAAUCCCUUUAAGACUGAUUUGGUGUUUUUUGACUAUGACGUAGAGAGUGAUGAUGAAUGGGAAGAGGAGGAACCAGGAGAAGACAUUGAUCAUUCUGAAGGGGAGGACAAUGAUAAUGAUAAUGAUAAUGAUAAUGAGCAAGAGGAUGAUGAUGAUGAAGAUGAUGGCUUUCUUGUCCCCCAUGGCUAUCUCUCCGAUGAUGAGGGAGCAGAUAGAGAAGAUGAGAAUUCGGAUGCAAACAAGGUGCGUAUGGAAGCCCAACAGCAAGCAUUUCACGCUGAAAUGAAGCGUAAAUGCAUACAACUAAAGCCAGUCAUGUUUGGCUGCCACUGGAGUGACCAAAUGACAGACAACAGUCCUGGGCUGGACUAUCUCCUCAAGUUCAAGGUUAUUUGCAACGAAGUUCUACCCGUGAGUACAAGCUACACAUUGACAGAAUGUAGCAGUCCAGAUGCAGACCUGACAGACAAGAGAAUGACUACCAGCAAGGCUGUGCCAGAUGAAGCAUUUCCUGAUCUUGUGCGGCUGCUGCACGGCAACAGGCACGGCAUCAAGAAGCUAGUGAUGGAGUUCCGCGAGUACUGGAGGCUGAGGACAGACAAGAAGCAGAGUGACGGUUCUAUCGGGGCUCCGGGCAACACGCAGGCAGAUCAGACAUGCGCGGAAUCUACGGUGGCGAGCGAGACGCCUGAUGAACUCGCGUACGCCAUCUCCAAGCGGCAGCUCGAGAAAACGAUCACCGCGAUCGCGACGCGCGAGAAGCGUACGGAGUACACCUCCUGGUACGUCAGUGCAGACGCCCUUAAGAAGUACAGCCUGCCGGAGCCGUCUCUACCCAAUGACUGGGAGCACCUUACCAUCUCAAAGGCUACCCGCCGCCCAAAGAAGGAGCCAAAGCUCACAAAGCCGUCGCCGUCGAUUGCAAAGUUUACACGCCACAUGUCGCCGGAGUCGGUUCUAAAGUCUGUUAUUGCAGAGGGGCCAAGGACGCCCGUUUUGAACAGAGGUAUUCUUAACUUUGUGCGGAAGAGAUCCUCGGAGGGUCAUUCACCGUUGAGCGCCGUCACAGCGUCACCGAAAGCACAUCCUCUCCCGCCCUCAACCAAUGAAAUUGCACCUGAUUUGGCAGUGCAGCGGAAGAUGGGUAUUCUGCCAUUUACCAGGAUGAAGUUGCCUGUUGCUGUGCAGCCAACUGGAUCUCUGCGAGACGACCUAGGUCAGAAGUCUCCCAAGGAGAGCGGUACUCCACACAUGAUCAGCAUGUCAGGCACCACUAGUGACACCUGUAUAGUACUGGAUUGAGAGAGAAUAGACGUUUGCCUUUAUCGAUGUGAUGGCAAUGAGCACCUUACAACACAUGCAACAAGUGAUGUGUUCCACCUCACCAAAUGUUCUCUCUCUUUGCCUAUUUGGCUCUUUCUCUUUAUGCACACUCAUGCCUAUUACUCUCCCUCUUAGAAGGUUGCUGGCCACGAUGUUGGCCAUAGUAUAUUGGAGCUAGUGUGCAGGAAAACGACCAUACACUGGCUAUAGUAAAUCUGUAAUUAUGUACGAAAUCAGAAGCAAAUGGUCAUAAACGUGCAUAGUAUAUGCAUUAUUAUCAUUGUCUUUGUAUGCUAAAAUUAGUUUACCUGACUAUAUCACAUUUUAAAUCGCGAAAUGUUAUCGUGAACAGUACUAAUAUAUAUUGUAUAGUUAUAUAUAUACACAAGUCGAUGUUAUAGUAGUCGAUGUUCACACUAUCCAUGUAGAACUGAGCCAUGUCCAAAUAUCUCGGUUAAAAAUAUAUAAACAGUGUAUGAAAUGUACACAAUGUAUGUAUUAUAUAACACGUAACCUCUCAAUGUGUACUUAGUAAUGUCGAUGUAUGAAAUUAGUGGGUUUUCUAGUGUAUGAAUGUAAUCUGCAUUACUAUAUCACACGGCAACACAACUUUAUCUAGUUAAUACCACCGUUUUCCUUCACAACUUACGUGACGUUUUGACAGAUGCCGUCUGUACACAUUGUAUAUUUUGUACGUUCUGUUUCUGUACUGGGUAAUUGCUUGAGAUAUUUUAAUACAUAAGCAUUUGCCUUGA